AUGAUUCGCUUUGCCUCGCCGGGCUACAUUGCAGCUGGAGGGAUCGGCUUGACGAUCCUCCGAGUGUAUUGCAAGCGCUCCCGUCGCGGUGGCCAAGAUUUUCCUUGGUGGUUGUACUACAUACUUUGGGCCUACCUGCUCCUCUUCUUUGCCAUGGGCAGCUGUUUGAGGGCAGCCUUCAGGGAUAUGAUGUUCACCUCAGGCUGGCUUGAGCCAGAAAUGGUCGCCGGGUAUGUGCGCGCCCGGAUGCGCAGUGACCACGAUAUCGACAGCUUCGAUGAGUGGCAGCAGGAAGACGACCUCACUGACUACCCCUACCUUCGGGGGCUUUCGAUGGUCACUCCUAUCUUCCUGGUUGCAACUUAUUGCGUAUGCGCGUGGCACACCUGGCAGCAUCUGCGGAUCCUCAGUUGGAUGAAAAGGGGUGAUGCGCUGACCGAGCACACCUUCGAAAUGCACGACCGGGCACUUCGAAUCAUCCUGCUACCGUUGUUCUAUGGCACCAUGUCCUUCCAGGGCGUGAUCAGGAUGUGGGGCAUCGCCAUUAACAACUCUGGCGAUGCACAUCACUUCCCGAAUUACGAGUUAAGAAAGAGAUUCUUGCAAGAUAGUUACGACGCUUGUUUCUGGCUUGGGGACAUGUACGAGUCCUACGCUCUUUUUGUCUUCGGCCUGCUCGUCUUGGAGUACUUGCGGCAGCGGAUGAAUGCCAGCCGCCUGACUGCAUUGUUUCCGUUCAGGCAUCCACCUACACGCAUUCGCUUACGUAUGCGCAGGUUUAGACCCAUCCGUAUACGUCUACACAUAUUUACACAUGCAACUAUGUUCAGUAACAUACACAAUACAGAAGCGUGUACAUGUAUAUACAUUGUGAAGUGCGUCUGUGCCCUUACAUUUCUGUGUGUCCAAAGGCUUUGGGUUUGGGUUUAG